GGACUCCAAAAAGACAGUAUGGAGAAGAGCCAGUAUGGACCCCCGCUGGACGCGUCUGCUCCCCCCUACCCCUACCCCAGCUACCAGGGAAGUGGCGGGGGAACAGCCUACCCCCCUCAGCCUGGCUACCAGGGAAGUGGCGGGGGAACAGCCUACCCCCCUCAGCCUGGCUUCCAGGGAGGUCCCCAACCCGGCAUGUACCCACCACCUCCCCAAUACGACAUGGGCAUGGCACAACCUACAAAUGCCCCCAGCGUAACCCAGGUGGUGGUGAUGCAACAGCCGCUGCCUAGAGACGUGUCCGGCCAGAUGACGUGUCCACACUGUCAGGUCCAGGUUCUGACAGAGACCACACACACCACUGCACUACUCACCUGGGUCAUCUGUGGAGCCCUCUGCUGCUUCAUGUGA